AUGGAGGAAUCAAAGUAAGUUUAAACAUCAAUUCUGUGCAAUAUAUUGUUUUAGAUUCAUUCUCCCGGAAGAAUACGAAUUCUUGGUGGAUUUGCCGCAAAUUGAUGCCAGUGUUAUUCAAGGAAAUGAGGUAAAGGUUUUCUUAUUGGUUUUUUUUUAUGUUUUUAGGCUUGUAUUGAAGGGAUUUGAGUUGAAUUUGAGGGAAAAAGAAAUGUUAUAGUAGGUUAUGGCUAAAGUUGAAGGUUUUUGAUGAAAAUGAAGGUUUUUGCGGGUAAAACAAGGUUUUUUUUGCAUAGAAUAGGUAGUUGCGUCUUGGGCAAAAAAUUUUACAACGAAUUUAAAAAAAAAAUUUUGGGUAACAACUUUUUUCAGAAAUUAUUGCAAGUCUUCUCACGUGUACCUAAAAAGCUUCGUCACUUCGUCGAGCGCAAUUUGGCUGUGAUUUCCUUGAAUUUUGCUAAAGAUUAUAUUGAAUUCAGGAAUCCCAUCUUUCUUGGUGCUGUUACGAAACGUGUUGAUGUUUACUAUGUGAAUCGAACAAGACCCAAGUUUUUAGUUGUUCUGAAACUUCCGAAAGAACAAUGGGAUGCUAGUUAUGUUCCUGUGGCUGUGAAUGACUUUGUGAACAUUGAACGGAAUGUGAAGUUGAUGGCAACGGUAAGGUUUUGGCUCUUUUUCGUUUUUUAGGUAACAAGAAUUUGAUUUUGGGCGAAAACAUGGGUAACAAUUGGAUCUUUGUUUUAUUAUGGAGCAAAAGAUGAAGAUUUCUUUGAUUUUUAGGUUUUUUUUAUUUUUUUUGGAAUUUUAGGUAACAUAUUUCUUCUUUUUGUUAUCUAAAUACUAUUUUUUUUCUCAUUUGACUUAUUUUUAGGGCAGGGUCUAUAGUGUUAGUGAUAGUGAGAUUGAAAUCAGAGGAGAUUGGAGAUGCGAUAUUAAACUGCCAGAAGAAAAUGAUACUGUUGACCUCUACAAGCAUCUAAUCGAUUUCGUGCCAAAAGCUGUCCAAACGGCGAUCAAGCGGAUUAAGAAAGGAGAACUGAACAACAUCAUUUUACCUCAACCGGAAUUGGGAAAAGUAGGGUUUUUUGAAAUAGAAAUGAGGAACAGGCUGAGCCUAAGUGUUAGGCCCGGCUCGAUCUUAACAAAAGGAAUGAAAACAGUUUUAUUUUUAGAUAUCCAGCUUUCACAAAGGCCAUGCGUUCACUUUGAUCAAGUACGUCGAUGAAAAUCCGGAACUUUCGUUUCUCAACAAUGAACAACUUCAAGCAGUCUAUGUUAUCGAUAAAGUUCUUCACAAGCCAUGUCCUUUUGUACUGUUUGGACCACCUGGAACGGGAAAGACGGUCACAAUUGUGACGGCAGUUCGACAGGUCAUAAAAGAUGCGCAACAUAACGUCUUGAUCUGUACUCCUUCCAAUACUGCGGCCGACCGUGUGGCAAAGGAGCUUCUGAAGUAUGUAACGGAGACUGGACCGCUGACAAGGAGGAAUGUGGUCAGAUAUGUGUCACCUUCACAGGACUUUGAUAAGAGGGACAAGACUUUGGAUCUGAUUGCGUGAGUUUGAUUUGAAGUAAAAAUUUUUUUGAUUUGUGAGGUUUAAAGGUUUUUGAAAGUUGAAAAUAAACAAAAAUCACUUUUGAUAUAUUCAGAAACGUCAAAGAAGAUGGAUACAACAUGAAGAUAGACUUUACUGAGUACCGAAUAAUCAUUUGCACCUUGGCCACAUCAGCUCGGCUUGUUGGCAAUUACUUCAGUCAUCUUAUCAUAGACGAAGCAGGACAAGCCAACGAAUGCGAAUUAUGGAUUCCGAUCGGGUGUUGCGCGACCAGUGCUUCUUCUGUCAUUUUCUGUGGUGAUCCGAAACAGCUGGGACCUGUGAACAUGUUGAACUUGCCAAAGAGCUUGUCUGGACACAUGGAAUGCCCAUUGAUAAGAUACUUGACCCUACCUGAAUACAGCACAUUGAAGUGGGUUUAUGUUUGGUUUUUGUGGGUUUUGGACUGGUUUUGAGAUUCAAAAGGCUGGGCAGGUGUAAUUUUAAAAUUUUUUGAAGUUUAAAAUAAAAAAUUUAAAAAAAUUUUGAAUUAAAUUUUUUAUUUAGUGGUCAAUGUACUACAAUAGGCGCGACUAACGUACUGUAUAUAAUAAAAAUAGAUAUUUUGUAAUUUUUGUUUAUAAAUGGUAUUUUAGACAGUACUGUGUCCAGCUCGUCGAGUGCUUCAGAUGCCACAAGGAUAUUGUGAGUAUUGCAUCGGAACUGUUUUACGGUGGCAAUUUGGAGAAUUCUGGAGAUCAGAAAUGGAAAGAAACGUUGUGUGUCGAUGACAAUUGGAUCAGAAGGGUAAUUUUGUUAGUAUUUGACACUUUAGCGGCAUUUUUCGAAAUUUUUUGAGAUUUUUUAAAAUUUUAUGACAUUUUUUGAGAUUUUGUGACAUUUCUUAUUAGAUGUUAAAAUUUUGUGACAUUCACUUGAAAUUAUAAGUUUUUACGACAUUUUCAUCAAUUCCAGGGCCGUUCCAUUCUGUUCGUGAACGUGGACGACGAACAGCACAUCCAAGACCCGAAUGGCAGCUCUUUUGGCAACAAAGCCGAAGCCAUGGUCGUUUUCAAAUUCAUCAAACUUGUACAUGCAAAACUGGGCGUAGAUUUCAAAAACAUUGGUGUAGUAUCCCCGUACAAGUAUCAUUCGAAACUGAUUCGAGAGUUGGUCAUCAAAAAAUUUGGCAAACAGGUUUUGAACGAUUUGACUGUGGAUUCGGUAGAGAGAUUCCAGGGAAACGAAAGAGAAGUGAUCAUUAUGUCAACGGCCAGAACUGAAGGCAACGGAUUUCUGUUUUGCAAUCUGGUAGGUAUUGUGUGUGGGACUGGGUUGUUUUUUGGUUUAUUUUUUGGCGGGGGGGGUGGUGAGGUAAAACGUUUUUUUUAAAUGUUGAUGUUAAAAAUAGGAGAGGGAUGGCAUUUUUUGGAUUUAAAAAAAAUUGUUUGAAGGGCUGAUUUGUCUGUUUUCUCAACCGUAGAGGCAAAUUCUAGAGUAAAAAAAAGUAAAACGAAAUUUUAAAUAUACUUGUCUUACGUGCAAACUUCAGGUAUAAAAACGGAAUUUUUUCAAAAUAUUUUUUUAUUUUAACACUUUGAACAUACUUUUGGUUUCACAGUAAGUAAGUAAUAUCAAUGUUUUCAGCGUUUGAACACGGCUAUAACCAGAGCUCAAAGACUGCUGAUUGUCGUUGGGAACCGAAGUUUAUUGGAGAAACAUCGAAAUUGGAAAAGGUAGGUUGUGGAAGGUUAGAAUAUAGGGUGGAAUAGGGUAGGCUAAAGUAGGUUAAAAGUAGGUUAAUGGUAUAAUGGAAUAAAUAUGGUAAUGCAGUAGAUUAGAAUAAAGUGGAGUAGAGUAGUGUAAGGAAAGGCAGGAUAGUAUAGAACAUGAUAGGUUAAGAUAACGUUAGAUAAAGUAGGGUGAACUAACAUAGGGUAGAUUUGGGCAGAUCUAGUGGGUAGAAUAGGGCAGGGUAGUGUAAGAUAGGGUAACGUAGUCUAAAGUAGAUUAGGGUAAAGUGGGAGUAGAUAGGGUAAGGGAAGGUGGAGUAAAGCGAGGUUUUAAUGUUGGAAAAUGUGUGUUAUUUUGCCAUCGAUUCAUAACGUUAGUUACUUUCUAGAUUCAUUGAUUUUGUCGAAGAAAAGAAAGGCUACUGCAACUCAUGUCCGAUCAAACGAAUUGUCAGGAAAGGAGAAGAUAAAUUCGAAAGUUGUGCUAUUUCUAUUGAAGAGACAACUAAGGAUGAACCAGCCAAGAAAGAACUACCGAAUCCAGAAGAAGAACCAAAAAAGAAUGACAAAAUGCUCAAAUCGGAAAAUGGUUUUAUGUGUGUGGACAAGCUGUUCACGAACUUUGGGGGCUGGCCAAAGACGAAGCCACGAAAGUUCAUUGAUGAUUUCGGACCAAAAUUGACACCGCUUCAGAGGAUACUCAAGAACGAAGGGUACACGAUGGAGUACAUGAGCAGUGGGACCAAAGUCACUCUAACCGAACGGCCAAAAUAUAGGAAGCGCUAG